AUGCCAUCAUUCCGAGCGAAUCUCUACACCACCUUCGCCCUCACAACUCUUCUCAUCCGUCUUCUCGGCACCCUUAUCUACUACCUCUCCCGCUUCACGCGGCCCCAUGAAACAUGGACCUACCGCCAAGUCAUCGGCGUAAGACUCUACUCCCUAGGGUUGAACUACCUAACAGCAAUUGAAUACCGCGCCCCCAAAACCCUUACCCCAGGCCGUGAAGGCGACCGCUUCAUAGUCAUCAGCCCACCAGACACCACCACGUCCGACCAACUAGCACCCCAUUACUCCCGUAGUAGCAUCCUCACCAGCGUCCCAUCCAUUCGUCCCGUCCCUAUCGGCGCAGUAUGGCACCCUGCCCUCCCCUCUCCCAAACCAGCUCGAGUAAUCCUUCACUUCCACGGCGGCGCGUACGUUGUCGGCGGUGUCCGCCUCAACAUAAACGGCUGGAGCCCUAGUAUACUCAGCGAUGUGAGGAAAUCUCACGUCAUGCUGCCGCAGUAUCGCCUCUCCAUGGGAGAAAACGCCUCGUUUCCUGCUGCCCUGCAGGAUGGGAUCACGGCCUAUGUGUAUCUUCUCGAGAAGUUGAGUUGGGAGCCUCAAGAUAUAAUACUGUCCGGUGAUUCGGCGGGCGGAAAUCUUGUCCUCUCCAUGAUUAGAUAUUUGGUCGAGGAGGAGGAAAAAGGGGCGAAGGCAUUGCUAUUGCCUGCGGCUGCGUUGUUAUGGAGUCCGUGGUUGGAUUUAACAGAGAAUGGGGCGCGGAAGGUUGAUCGGCAUCCGCGUCGAUGGGUUGAUUAUCUUUCUGGGGAUUUGCUGGAGUGGGGUAUCAGGCGGGUAACGCCUAUGGGUUGGAAGAGGGGACAUCGUUUUCUGAGUCCCCUUGGGAAUGGGUUUAGGACUUUGGAAAUGCCGAUUUUCCUGCAGGCGGGGACGGAGGAGGUUUUCUUUGAAGAUCAGAUGGUGUUUGUGGAGGAGAUGAGGGCGUUCGGGAAUGAAUGUGUUGGGAUUUGAGAAGGAGGCGGAGGAGGCGAUGGAGAGGGCCAGGACGUAUGUGAACAAGAGAGUGAGCUGGUUUG